ACUUGGAAUUUCCUGCCACACUCUGUCACACACACUUUAGGCAAUCGAAACAACAUCAAAAACAUCCAAACCCAAAGAGUAGAAACCGUAAUAGCCAUGUCCAUGUCAUGUCCACAACCUGAUAUGCAGUGCCUGCGGUGUCUACACUGCAUGAAGGUGAUCUGCUGUUCACGGUACGACACCAACGGGCUGGUCCGACACAUCGAGGAGGAUCAUCCGGAAAUAUUUGCAGUGGCCGGGGAGAAGAUCAAGAAUCUACACAAGUUGGCGGCGGAGCAUGGGGUCAGCGAGGAGCGGUUGUCGCAGAUUAGCAAGAUGACGGGGUUAUCCGAAACCCAGAUGGCGGAACAAGUCGAGAAAUAUAUGGCCAAAAAGAAGGCAUCCUCUGGCACGAAUAGUGUAACAGGAAGUGGGGAUAUCAAGUCUGAUGAUCCCAGCCAAACAUCCUACAAAGAUGUCUCUUCGUGCCCCGAACCGAAUGUCUAUCCUCCGGAGCAAGUUCGCCAGAGUCGCUACAAGGCCUCCAUAGAGCGAUGGGUACCGACGGAAGGCUUUAUUUACUGUCCAGGAUGCGGAUGCAGUCGUCGGCCUCUGGUGAAGGCGUCCUCGGAGAUCGGGAACUCUGGGUGUUGUGCUAACUGCAUCGUAUCCUGCUGGCCCCUGUGCUUCCUUCCAUGCCUGCUGUCGCCGGACAACCGGGAGUACCUGUACUGCACCAACUGUCGCACUUUCCUUGGCAUCUACGAUCGGGAAAACAAUUGCAUUAAGCCAAGUCGGGAGUUUGUAUCCUGCGGAAAAACGGCCACGCCCCCUCCCUCCGAUAAGGGCUCCAAGAAAUGUUAGGAGAUUUUUUAUACCUUAUAUAUUUAAAUUCUAUGUGUGAAUCAAUGAGGAGAGCUUUCCCAAAGCUUUGGUCUAGUCGAGGCAAAAACCAUUUGUUACUUGUAUUUUGUAAUAAUAUGGAUAUUAAAAAAAAUAACUAAUUUUUGGUUA